ACAAAUUGUCCUUACAAGUAAAAUCUCCUUGUUAACAGUAUUGGUCGCUCAUCUAAUAACACUCUUUUAAUCAACUUUGUAUUAGUCAUGCAGACUACAAGUUUCUCCCAAUUCAACAUUCCAUCGAUUGUACGGGUGUCACCUCCCCCUACAACCACCACACUCCGUCUCAAAACCACCUCAUCACGGAGGUUAUCUCCGGUCUUCGCGGGCACAACUCCUCCACCAUCACGCCACCAGGUUACUCACUCAAUGCCACCAGAAAAAUUGGGAAUAUUUAAAUCUUUAGAAUCUUGGGUUUCCAAAAACAUCCUCCCACUUCGCAAGCCCGUAGAGAAAUGUUGGCAGCCCAUUGAGUUUCUCCCUGACCCAUCUCAAGGGCCCAAUGCAUUCGCGGAAGAGGUUUGGGCACUAAGGCAGCAAGCUUUAGGGCUUUCGGACGAGUAUUUUGUUAUGCUUGUGGGUAAUAUGCUAACUGAGGAUGCUUUGCCUACUUAUCAGACCGUGAUUAAUACGUGGGAUGGAGUACGCGAUGAGACUGGAUCCAGCCCAUGUCCAUGGGCAAUUUGGACUCGGGCAUGGGCAGCUGAGGAGAAUCGACAUGGCGAUCUGCUACGGACUUAUCUUUAUCUUUCGGGAAGAGUUGAUAUGUUGAUGAUUGAGAAGACACUACAAUACUCGAUUGGAGCUGGAAUUGACAUCGGAUCAGAGAACAAUCCAUAUAUGGGCUUUGUGUACACAUCAUUUCAAGAGCGAGCCACAUUUCUAACGCAUGGUAAUAUGGCUAGGCUAGCUAUAGAAGGUGGAGACCCCAUGCUAGCGCGUAUAUGUGGAACUAUUGCAGCAGAUGAGAAGCGUCAUGAGAAUGCCUACACAAAAAUUAUAGAGAAGUUGCUAGAAGUGGACCCAAACACGACUAUGCUAGCUAUCGCGAAAAUGAUGAAGAAGAGAAUCACUAUGCCACUGCACCUCAUGUAUGAUGGUCAAGAUCCAAAUAUAUUUGAUCAUUUUUCUGCCAUUUCCCAAAAGCAGGGAGUUUACACAUCUCGUGAUUAUGCUGAAAUAUUAGAUUUUUUCAUAACAAGAUGGGAAUUGGAAAAGCUUGAAGGUUUGACAGGCGAGGCGAGACGUGCACAGGAUUUUGUGUGCGGACUUCCAUGUAAGAUUAGGAGGUUGGAAAAUCGACCUAAGAAAUUAGAGUCACGUCGAGUGCAGUUUAGUUGGAUUUUUAACAAGCAAGUGAGUGUUUAGAAUUAGAUGUAUUAAUUUGUAAUAAAGAUGUAAAACUAAAACUUAUCCUUUCACUAAUAAUAGUCUUUUUUGGCUCAGCUACUAAAA